GGAGGAGUAAUCAUUAUUAAUUAAUGGGAAGUCGAUAUCGUCGAGGAAACUAAGAGAUGGAUGCAAUACAGCACAAGUUUGUGAACGUGGGUGGUCUCAAUCUCCACGUUGCAGAUAUCGGAAGUGGACGAAACGCCGUCGUAUUCCUGCACGGCUUCCCUGAGAUAUGGUACUCGUGGCGGCACCAGAUGAUAGCCCUGGCCGAUGUGGGAUUCAGAGCCAUCUCCUUCGAUUACAGAGGCUACGGUCUUUCCGACGCGCCACCACGACCUUAUAAGACCACACUCACACUCUCCCAUCUUCUCAAUGACCUCCUUGCGAUUCUUGAUGCUCUUGCGCUUCCCAAGGUGUUUCUUGUUGGGAAAGAUUUUGGAGCGCGUCCUGCACAUUUUUUUUCCAUUCUACACCCUGAAAGGGUUUUGGGAGUUGUCACGUUGGGAGUUCCAUAUGUUCCUCCACGCCCCUCUAUAUAUCACAAAUUCUUUCCUGAAGGCUUCUACAUUUUGAGAUGGCAGGAACCUGGAAGGGCAGAAGCUGAUUUUGGACGGUUUGAUGUAAAGACUGUUGUGCGAAAUAUUUACAUCCUCUUCUCAAGAAGUGAAAUACCAAUAGCUAAUGAAAAUCAAGAGAUUAUGGAUUUGGUGGAGCCUGAUACUCCUCUUCCCUCUUGGUUCACAGAGGAAGAUCUUGCAACAUAUGGGGCUUUGUAUGAGAAAUCUGGAUUCCAAACUACAUUGCAGAUUCCAUACAGGUCAUUUGGUGAAGUGAUGAACUUAGCAGAUCCUGUGGUUAGAGUUCCAGCACUUGUGAUAAUGGGUGGCAAGGAUUAUAUUCUCAAGUUUCCAGGGAUUGAGGAUUUAAUGAAGGGUGAAAAGGCAAAAGAGCUUGUUCCCAAUUUGGAGGUUACAUUUAUCCCUGAGGGAACACAUUUUGUUCAAGAACAGUUUCCCAAACAGGUGAAUGAGCUUAUUCUUGGCUUCCUUUCCAAGCACACUUGAUAUUGGACUUUCUCAUGGAAUGAUGUGAAGCUUGCAUGGUGGAAGAACUUGUUAGAUGGAUUUCUAGUGCAGGGAAUUCGAGAAAUAUGCGACUGAGUUUUGUAAUAAAUGAAUAAUGGGUGCUUGCUUUGGUGCCUUUGAUGAGUCUUUUAUGUGACAAAUAAAUAUUUCAAUUGGAAAAUUUCA